AUGAGCACUUCUGCUGCUUCAGAGCCAGGUCCAGUCGAGCGUUCAAUCCGUGAAAAGCUAACUGGAGCAUUGAACCCGGCUUCCCUGACCAUAACAAAUGAUUCUUGGCGGCAUAGGCACCACGCAGCGAUGAGAGACCAGAAUGGUGGGAGUGGCGAGACCCACUUUACUUUGAAUAUCGUAUCGAAUGAAUUCAAGGGCAAGACCUCCAUGCAGCGACAUCGCAUGAUCUACUCUCUUCUCAAUGAAGAGUUCGCUUCCGGACUCCAUGCUCUUUCUCUGCAUACUAAGACUGAGGAGGAGAUUCAGGCCAAAUCAGCCAACUAG